UACCUGUCAUUUCCGGAGAUGAAAGAACACUGGACAUCCAAUGGAUUAAUAAAUGACAGUAGCUGCUAAUCAUUUCAACCACUAAAAAACGAUUUGAUUAUCAAAACGGAUAUUCGUGACGCUUGUUUUUUUUGUUUGUUCCCAGGCUAUAUAUUUGCGUCGGUGUCCACAAAUGACUGUCCUCCUAAAAUGUGUGUUUUCAGGUCUGAAUAACUAGCUAGCUAGUUUGCUAGCUACCCAAUGCUAGCUGCUUAGCUGAUACAUUUCUGUGACCUAAUUUAGCUAACGUUAGCUGUCUACUUAGCGAUAAAGAAUGUGUUGAAAAUUAAGCUUUGAUUUGGUUUCUGUGGUUAAAAAGAAUAUUGUUUUUGUGUGUCGUCAUUAGCAUUGCCGGGAUGUGUUUACUUAUUCCUUUGCAGGCACGACUUCACGCUUUGAAUCAUUUGGCUGUACUAACGUUAGCAGUAGAAGGUCAAUAUUGUUGAUGCCAGCUACAGCCAACUAUAGUGGAAUACUUCUCAACAAACCGUUAGGCCUAUGCGCAAUGAGAUGUAAACAGAGUGGGGGCUUCAGCUAUCCAGAUUCACAGUUGUUCAUUAGUUAGCUAGCUAGUCAUUAGCUAACAGGAAAAGUAGCCAUACCCAGUGUUGGCUGAAGUUAACCAUACUCGAACACUUGAAAACACCUCAAUAAUAACAAUACUUGGAAUAUGGAUUUCAUGUGGACUUCAGCCAUACUACAAAAUCACCUGAUUCUACUUUCAAAAUAACAUUUUAGGACGACCGUCUUAAUUUCAGAUUUUUGCUGACAGGAAAACUUUUUCAUGUUUUGUUUUGGAGAGUAGGGGUUGGCUUUGGAUCAAUUGUUGAUUUUUGCAUGUGUUAUAGUUUAAUAUUUUUACAAAUAGUAUCCUCUCACAGUAGAAAAUGAAUGGCCUAUCUGUCAGUGAGCUAUGCUGCCUGUUCUGCUGCCCUCCCUGUCCGAGCCGUAUUGCCGCCAAGCUUGCCUUCCUGCCUCCUGAGCCUACAUAUUCCCUCUUGCCGGACCUCGAUGGGUCUGCGGCCCCAGGGACAGCAGGGUCAGCGGGGCUGAGAUCCAGGGGAGGGGUACCUGGAGCAGCUGUAGGGGGUUCAGGCAGCAAUGGUCCUGCAGAGGGCAAAUGGAAGCUCCACCUGACAGAGCGAGCUGAGUUUCAGUACUCCCAGAGAGAGCUGGAUGCUACAGAGGUGUUCUUCACCCGCUCCAGCCGUGGCAAUCGAGUGGGCUGCAUGUACAUCCGCUGUGCGCCCACCGCCAGGUUUACAGUGCUGUUCUCCCAUGGUAACGCGGUGGAUUUGGGCCAGAUGAGCAGCUUCUAUAUCGGCCUGGGCACACGCAUCAACUGCAACAUCUUCUCCUACGACUACUCCGGCUACGGUGUCAGCACGGGCAAGCCUUCUGAGAAGAACCUCUACGCUGACAUUGAAGCUGCCUGGCAGGCCCUGCGCACACGAUAUGGCAUCAGCCCAGAGAACAUAAUCCUGUAUGGGCAAAGCAUUGGCACCGUUCCCACGGUUGACCUGGCAUCACGGUAUGAGUGUGCUGCUGUGGUGCUCCACUCACCUCUCACCUCUGGCAUGCGUGUGGCCUUCCCAGACACCAAGAAGACAUACUGCUUUGAUGCUUUUCCCAACAUUGAGAAGGUGUCUAAGAUCACGUCACCGGUGCUGAUCAUCCACGGGACUGAGGACGAGGUGAUCGACUUCUCCCACGGUCUGGCUCUGUUCGAGCGCUGUCCCAAGGCCGUGGAGCCACUUUGGGUGGAGGGGGCGGGACACAACGACAUCGAACUGUACAGCCAGUACCUGGAGCGCCUGCGCCGCUUCAUUGGCCAGGAGCUGGCCGCACAGCACGCCUGAACACCCCCACACCGCCUCCAGGCUCCAACACUCCUCUGGCUCUCCUCUGUUCCCCUGGGUCUCCUCUGUUCCCCUGGGUCUAAGUGGGUCAGGAGGAGUGGAUGGCUGGGCUCUCAGAAUGAAUGAUCCUUCACCUUUUGCGGCGGCUUUGUCUGGAUGUUCGGCAGCCCUGUCUUUGAGUUGUUUUCCUAUUUUUCUGUCUCUGUCACCUGUCAUUAAUCCUGGUCAUUAAUCCUUCCAUCUCCCGCCCCUUGGACAGUGCAAGAAUGCACCCAGGCAUGGAGGGCUCUCUACCUUCUGCCUGUUUUAUUUCUAUCUGUCUAAAGCCCCUCUCUAUUACCCCAGGCAUGGAGGGCUCUCUACCUUCUGCCUGUUUUAUUUCUAUCUGUCUAAAGCCCCUCUCUAUUACCCCAGGCAUGGAGGGCUCUCUACCUUCUGCCUGUUUUAUUUCUAUCUGUCUAAAGCCCCUCUCUAUUACCCCAGGCAUGGAGGGCUCUCUACCUUCUGCCUGUUUUAUUUCUAUCUGUCUAAAGCCCCUCUCUAUUACCCCAGGCAUGGAGGGCUCUCUACCUUCUGCCUGUUUUAUUUCUAUCUGUCUAAAGCCCCUCUCUAUUACCCCAGGCAUGGAGGGCUCUCUACCUUCUGCCUGUUUUAUUUCUAUCUGUCUAAAGCCCCUCUCUAUUACCCCAAGCAAAAACAACCUCAAACAGGUUAGGUGUUCUAAACACAUGUACUGUAUAUCAUCUUCUGAGACGUUUACACAUGAUUCAAUUUUAACUAACAACCCUAACAUGGGCAAAUCAUUGACUAAUGAAAGUCUGUUUUGAGCACUGACAUUUUGGUAUUUAAUUUGAAUGGGGAAUGUGUGUAUUUCUCUUUUCUAACACAACGAUGACACUGAGCCACUACUUUACAAAUCCUGUGGUGUUGACGUAUGAGUAUAACUGUCCUAUUUGAAAGCAGGUUUGUUGCUAAUGUUUCUUGUGGAGUCUUUUUUCUUUGCUCUUCUCUUUCUCUCCUCCUGUUUCAUCCUCUCUUCCUCUGUCUCAUUUACAGUUAAGCUGUCAGAUUAAUAGUCCAUGUCUAUGAAUAAUUUAUUUCAUAGACAAAUCUUACGUUUUUAUAAUUAUUAAGCAUGGUUUAAUUCUAAUCUAAAAAGUGAUUAAUUUUGUAAAAGUUGCUGAAUAUUGCUUUGGCUAAAGUCCAAAAUCUCUCUGCCAAAUUAAUUGUUUCAAAAGCAUCAUUAAGUCGCUAACAUCUCUCUAAGACGUGAUUGAUUUCUAACUCGGCAACCAUUCUCAUGUUUCACUACCUGAUUCAUAUUCUACAGUAGUUGUACUACAAUUGAUGUUAUGAACGUGUGAGUUUACCUUUAGAACACAAACUAAGUCCUGCCAUGUUCUCUGAGUUAAGGAGGCAUUAGUUGGCCUUUACUCACACAGAACUCAAUUCACAUCUUACUGGGUUUCUAUAUGGGAUGUUUUCCAAUGGAUUUUUAAAAUCUUUGUAAGUGAUUUAGAGUUGUACAUAUUCAAUUUCACUUGAGUUAUUUCAUCCCUCUAAAAACACAAAAUCAUUGUAAAUUACUAGGCUUAUGCUGGUAAUGGCCAUUCGCAUAAUAAAUUGGGUCAGGUCAGUUGAGAUUAAGCUGGUUAGGAUGGAUUAAGUAUUAACUGAACUUGCUGCUAAAGAUGAGGAUAAAUGGAUUGAAAAGGGUCAAACCCUCCACAUCCAUUGUAUACAUGAAUGCUGCUUAGUUUGAGGAGAAAUGUAACAGUCAUACAUGUUAUUUUACGCUGUACAGUGGAAUGGAUCCAGUGAUGUACAGUACUCUUUGCUGGUGUCAUGUUGCAUGUUUGAUUGGUUGCUCUUUUGCUUCAUGUUAGGGGUAAUAACACUUCAUUAUAACACUAGUAGAGCUAUGGAAUAAGAUGUGCUCUAAUUUAUUAUUCACUAGGUUUAUUUCCAGCAGGCUCCCUUUUCAGCUCCAACUAGCCCUUUUCACUGACUUCCUACUGUUGCCACUCUAUUUCAGACAGACUUAAGAUUCCACCAUUUCUGACCGACUGUGUGAAAGGCGACCGAAUUUCCAACUUCCCUGGCAUACAGGGUCCACCACCACUCACAAGACAGUGGAGGUCCUUUGUUUGGGUUGGGUUUUGGGGGAGUCAGGAUUACUUGUACACAGCAAUCAAAUUUUAACAGUAAAUGUUCUGUCUUGAACAAAGCAUACCUCUUAUAUUGUUAAUCAGAACCAAAAAAAGUCCAUCACCCAUAGGACAUGGAUUUAUUGUCCAUCACCACAUAAAAAGUUAGGGAACAAAAGUUGUGCGCCCUGAAUCAGCCAGGAUAUGCUCUUGUUCAAGCUGCUAAUAGUUUGGUUUGGGACAGCUUAAGCGUGUUUACUCUCUAUGGACGAUUGUAUGGAGAAUACAAGCAAUACAGCAGAUUUGUGUGUGUCUGGGUGGCCUGAGAGAGGAGUGUGUGUAGCGGAUGAUGGACUGGACUUCGAGUGUGAGGAGUUCCAGACACACAUUCAGAGCUUUUGUUUAAAGAAACCAAGUUAUAGAAAUGUAUUUUUUAUUCAAAUGUGUUUACUAUAUUACAUUGUUUGCAGAUUGUUUAUUUUUUUGCUGAGGGUUAGGAUCCAAGUGGAUGAUGGGGGUUGGUAUGUUAUUGUAUCCAGUUAUGCAUUGUUUAUUAUUUAAAACUUUGUUAUAUUUAGUUUAAAAUGUUUUC